ACUAGUCACUAAAGUCUUAAAUCUUGCUGAAAAGAGUGACAAGAGGAAAACAACUUCACCUUGACUCACCAAGCUUCAUCUGAGAUAUUUUCCCAAGGAGUACUGAGACUGUCCCCAUGGUCUCAGAAGGAUACUUGGGACUCUAAGCUAAUGGAACUUGUUUAAUUGAUUAACUAAUUGCAUUGUACAUCACAAAAUCACUUUUGAACAUUACUUAAUUUAAUUAUUAUAAGUUUUUUUAAACAAAAAAGUGAGUGCUGGAGUAAAGUUGUCAAGAAAACUAAACUUUUUUGUAGCUUUUUUUUUCAUUCACAAUAUCUGUCUCCAGGAAUAGGUGUUCUGAUCAUCCAUAGCCAUGGCACUGCUGGACACAGAGUUUGGGGUGAAGGGCAGCAGCAUCAUCAGAGAGUGGAGUGGACAGGUCCAGCCAGCUCUGGUCGCCUCCUUUGUUUUCCUCUUCUGUCUAGAAGCCUGUCUAUGGGUCAGGAAUCUCAGACUCAAGAGAAGGCUGCCAGGACCCUUUGCCUGGCCGGUGGUGGGCAAUGCCAUGCAGCUGGGGCAGAUGCCUCAUAUCACCUUCUCCAAGCUGGCAAAGAAGUACGGCAACGUGUAUCAGAUACGACUGGGCUGCAACAACAUAGUGGUGCUCAAUGGAGACACAGCAAUACGAGAAGCCUUGGUUCAACACAGUACAGAGUUUGCAGGCAGACCUGACUUUGUGUCUUUUCAGAUGAUUUCAGGAGGCAGGAGCUUGACUUUCACUAACUACAGCAAACAGUGGAAAAUGCACAGGAAAAUUGCACAAUCUACCAUUAGAGCGUUCUCCUCUGCCAACAGCCAGACCAAGAAAGCAUUUGAGCACCACGUUUUGGGAGAAUGUAUGGAUCUUGUGCAGGUAUUUCUGAGAAUGAGUGCAGAUGGACGAUAUUUUAAUCCCUCUCAUGAAUUUACAGUAGCUGCUGCAAAUGUAAUCUGUGCACUGUGCUUUGGAAAACGUUAUGGCCAUGAUGACAUUGAGUUUAGAACCCUUCUGGGCAGAAUGGACAGGUUUGGAGAGACGGUGGGGGCUGGCAGCUUGGUGGAUGUCAUGCCCUGGCUUCAGAAUUUCCCAAAUCCUGUCCGCAGCAUCUACCAGAAUUUCAAACAUAUAAACGAGGAGUUUUUUGCCUUUGUGAAAGAUAAAGUGAUGCAGCACAGAGAAACCUUCACGCCUGACGUGACGCGUGACAUGAGUGAUGCCAUCAUUAACGCGAUUGAGCACAGAAAUGACAGUGGACUGGCCAAAGACUUUGUUGAAGGAACAGUCACAGACCUCAUUGGAGCUGGCCAAGAAACAAUGUCAACCAUUUUCCAAUGGAUUCUCCUGCUUUUGAUUAAAUACCCCAACAUCCAAACCAGGGUUCAGGAGCAGAUUGACAAAGUGGUAGGCCGUGACAGGCUGCCCUGUAUUGAGGACAAAGCCAGCCUGUCUUACCUAGAUGCUGUUAUCUAUGAGACCAUGCGCUAUACCAGUUUUGUACCCCUCACCAUCCCACACUCCACCACCUCAGAUGUCACCAUCGAAGGCUUCCACAUCCCCAAAGACACAGUGGUCUUCAUUAACCAGUGGUCUGUCAACCACAACCCUUUAAAGUGGAAGGACCCACAUCUCUUCGACCCCUCACGUUUCCUCAAUGAAAAUGGUGCCCUUGACAAGGACCUGACCAACAGCGUCAUGAUCUUCUCCACUGGUAAGAGACGAUGUAUUGGCGACCAGAUUGCCAAGGUGGAAACAUUUUUAUUUACAGCCGUCUUGCUUCACCAGUGUACCUUUGAGAGCAACCCAUCAGAGGCCCUGACCCUUGACUGUUCCUAUGGGCUCACACUGAAGCCUCUCCACUACACCAUCACAACCAAGCUCAGGGGGAAGCUGCUCGGUCUGGUGUCCCCUGCAUAAAAAUCUCAUCCCAUUAUUUUGGGCAACAUUGCCAAUCAAUUACAUUUUACAGUGAGUAUAAGCAAACCUGCAAUGAAUGCUGUUGUUGAAGAGUGUAAUAUUUCAUAUUUAAUAUUUAAUUAAUAUCUGAACACAAUUGAAUAUGUUUGCAAUGUUGUUGAUACAGAAUUGAAAGUAUGAUUACAGUAAUGGAAAGUUUGCUAGGUAGAGAUGAAUCUCAUUUGUUGGGGGCCAGGGGUCAGGUCGUGGGGUCAAUGGAGUUGAACAGGCUCUCAAACUAUGUACCUGAUCAUAUUCUGUAAGGAAGUAUACUUUUGUUUUAUAUACAUUUUGAGUGUUGAGCUUAAUUCAUAAACAGUAUUCAGCAUGUUAACGUAUGAAAAUAUGUGCAUGAAACUAGAAUAUCACUCAAAAGUCAAUGGAAGGUUAUAUCAUCGUGUAAUAUGCUUGUGAGUGUUUGUGAAUGUUGUCGUCACACCCAAGGAACCACAAUUUGUUUCGUGUUGAGGACUUAAUAUAAUAAUAAUAUAAUAAUAAUAAUAUUAUAUACUAUACUUUUCGGAAUUCCUCACAUCAAGAUGGUGAUGUAUCAAUGUAGUUAACCUUUUCACAUAAAGCAGUCACAAAAUAUUUGUAUAGAUAUAUUUCAGGUAUGAAAAUGAUUUGUAUUAUAAUCCAAUCCACUAUCUACUGUACACCAUGAAUAUGAGCACAUUGAAAUGCUGUCGGAAGAUAACAAAUGCUGACAAACUGCUAAAGGGAAAUCAAGUUAUCUAUAUGCUAUAGCCUACAGUGUGAAGACAAUUCAGAGAUAACAGCAUUGGCGCCUUUGUGUAACUUCAAGCUCAGUGUCCCCAACCAAGUUAGGAGGUGUUUCAAUGGAGAGGUGGCUUUGGAAUUGUGGGAUUGAUAAUGCUGAUGAAUACAUGGGAGAUGACCAACUCCAGACACUGACUGCAUUGAUCUCCUUAGAAAUCAACUGAACAGGCACUCCAGCUACACAACCCAUCCCUUCAUAUCCAAACUAACUGUCACUAAAUACAAUACUACUACACAAAUCAAUGGAAUUUUCAAGUCGUUAUGUAUUUAAACAAAUGCAUGUCUGUUUACACCUCAAGGGUCUGAAAUCUAUAUGGAUGUCAUUUCACCUUUGUCAAAGAGCACGUAUUCAGGAAUUGAUGAAAUAGUGUUCAGAAUCUCUGCCUCUCUCAAACCAAGAAACUCAACUACAGCAUGCGUUGAAUGUCCAGGAAAGGAUUCAUCAUAGAAAAUACUGUGUUGAAUUUUUUUUUUUUAAAUAAACUAAUUAUAUGCUUGAAAAAUCAGAUAUCUGGAAUGAAUAAAGCAACGUUUUAAACAGUC